CUCAAGCCAAAUCGGACUUCUCGCCUUGUACCCUAGAGGUAAACUUACAUCUACUAUACUAUUAUUUCACUUUACGGUAACAACCUACCCGUGUUCGGCUACACAAACCUCUACUAGCACUCACUUGGAGCACCUCUGGCCAUCCCCAACGGACCAUCAUCCUCCCCAGGCGAGGCUUCUAUCUCUCGACCGUUAUUACCAUCUAGAAAGAUGACACGCUCCGAACUCCUUCUAAACCUCACCCCCCUCUCCACCCUCCAGACAGAAAAACACCUCAUCCCGCCUCACCCGCCCUCCAACCUACCAAACAGCGCAGCAACCAACAAACCCCUCCUGUUCUACCGCCAAGCCUUCACCUUCACCUCCCCAACCAACAACAACAAUAACAACCCCAGCAAAGCUUCAACGGCCGAGGCAAUCGAGCACCACCUCCGUAAAACCAACAUCGUGGCGCCGCAGUGGCGCUACGGGAUGUAUCCCACCAGCCACUUCCAUAGCACCACGCACGAGGUGCUCUGUGUCAGCUCGGGGAGGGCGAGGUUGCUCUUUGGCGGGGAGGAGAACCCGGGUCGGGUGGAGGUUGUUGUGCAGACUGGGGACGUGAUUGUGAUACCGGCUGGGGUCGCUCAUCGGCUUCUGCGUGAGGAGGAAGGGGAGGAAGGGGGAGGGUUUGAGAUGGUGGGGUCGUAUCCUGUUGGGGCGGAGCAGUGGGAUAUGUGUUAUCCUGGGGAGGGUGGGGAGGAGGAGGAGGAGAGGGUCGGGAGGAUCAAGGCGUUGGAGUGGUUUGGGCGGGAUCCGGUUUAUGGCGAGACCGGGCCGGUUUUGGAGGUAACCAGAACCAAGCUGUCAGUCCAACAGUGUGUAAUCACCACCACCUCCUCCUCCUCCUCCUCCACCUCCAGAAGCGGACGCGGGAGUGGGAGCAGGAGUGUCCUCUCACCCGGAUCCGGAACCCACGCGGCGACGGCCAUCCUCACAAUCCCCGUAGUCAUCGCCGCCGUGCUAGCCCUAGCUGACGGUGGCGGCGGCUCAGAUGAAGAGAACGGACCAAAGGAGGAGGAGGAGGUGGAGGAGGUGGAGGAGGAGGAGGAGGUCGAGCGGUUGACAGAUCGGGAUAGGUGGUCGCCUACGGCUCUGGGCAGGAGGAAUGUCUUCCGCAAGGAGGUGGAGCGGCAGGCUAGGUUGGGCUGAGGGUAGAGAGCAUGGAGGGUGGGUGGGAGGAAACGGAGUUGACUGCUGGUUGUGGCAUUGCCUAAGGUACCUAGACAGGUUAGGUUAUCUAUCAGCUGUCGCUUUGGGGAAUCUACAUAUCUCAGCUGGCGUGCAUCCCGUUCUUGUCCUCCUUCUCAUCACAACCCAUGCCAUACUAGUACAUACCCAGCACACCCCCCUUUUCACGCCCACCCCUCGCCAUACACCC